GCAAAAUUCCACAAUAAAUAACCAAAUUUUACAUAUAAAAAUGUGCAAUACAUAUGCAGCAUAUAUUGUAUAUAGUGCAAUAGUGCAAUUUUUGUAACGGCUAUACGAAUUCAAAUAUUUAAACUUGUGUGAAAAUUAUCUUAGUUCUUUAAAAAAUGCCUCGCCGACGUUACACACGCAAUGUCAAUAACAGUCGCAUAAAUUUAAGUAGUCUUUCACCUAGCUGGUCGUUUGCACCUUCUUCACCGCCAGCAACAAUUUCGACUUCGCGCACCGCAUCUGCGGUUGGGACACAUAACUAUUCUUAUACAGAUUAUGACAGCACAGAUAACGAUUGUGAAGAAAAUGGUAGAACGAGUGUAAACAAUGCAACGGAAUUGAACCAUUCAAAUAAUGGAGAAGAGUUUGAUGACCAGUUGGAUUACAUAUCCCAACAUGAAUUUUCGUAUCAUGAAUUUGCAGCCGCCUUGCCACCACCUCAUUUACUAAUGAAUUUAUAUGAGCUAACCAAUUAUAUAGCAAUGGAGAACGGUAGUGGUAAUGUCGCAGGGAGUGGUACCUCCAUUGAAAAAAUGUACCAAAAGAAGUCGCAAUUGGAGCAUAUUCUAUUACGUCCCGAUACCUAUAUUGGUUCCGUGGAACAUGUUACCGAAACGAUGUGGGUAUAUAAUGAGGAAAGAAAUCGUAUGAUACAGCGUCAAGUGACCUAUGUGCCCGGUUUGUAUAAAAUCUUUGAUGAAAUCCUUGUAAAUGCAGCCGAUAAUAAGCAACGUGACAAGUCCAUGAGCACGAUAAAGAUUGAUAUUGAUGCGGAAAAAAAUACUAUCUCGAUUUGGAACAAUGGUCAAGGUAUACCAGUUACCAUACACAAGGAGCAAAAAAUGUACGUACCCGAGAUGAUUUUUGGACAUCUUUUAACUUCAUCCAAUUACAAUGACGAUGAAAAAAAGGUUACCGGUGGUCGUAAUGGUUACGGCGCCAAGUUGUGCAAUAUUUUCUCAACCAGCUUUAUGGUAGAAACAGCAACAAAGGAGUACAAGAGGAGUUUUAAACAAAUCUGGGCAAAUAACAUGUCGAAAACCACGCCACCUAAGAUUAAGGAUUUUGCCGGCACCGAUUUUACGAAAAUUACUUUCAGUCCUGAUUUAUCCAAGUUUAAAAUGGAUCGUCUCGACGACGAUAUAGUCGCUUUGAUGUGUCGUCGCGCUUAUGACAUCGCAGCAGCAACGAAAGGCGUUGCUGUUUAUUUAAAUGGCAAAAAGUUGCCUGUAAAGAACUUUAAGGAUUAUAUUGAUUUAUAUGUUAAAAAUAAUGAUGAAUCGGGACAACAAAUAAAAAUUGUUUACGAACAAGCUGGAGAACGUUGGGAGGUCGCCUGCUGUCCUUCAGAAAAUAAUUUCCAACAAGUUUCCUUCGUCAAUUCCAUAGCCACUACAAAGGGUGGACGUCACGUGGACUAUAUCGCUGAUAUGAUCAUUAAACAAUUGAUUGAAGUUGUCAAGAAGAAGAACAAAGGUGGCAUUAACAUCAAACCCUUCCAAGUGCGCAAUCACAUGUGGGUCUUUGUUAAUUGUCUAAUCGAAAACCCCACCUUCGAUUCGCAGACAAAAGAAAACAUGACAUUACAGGCGAAAAGCUUUGGUUCAAAAUGUGCGCUCUCUGAAAAAUUCAUUGCAAACGUUUCGAAAUCUGGCAUUGUGGAAGCUGUCUUAUCCUGGGCUAAGUUCAAAGCGCAGAGUGAAAUCGAUAAGAAAGGUGGUAAGAAGUCUUCAAAAAUAAAGAACUUACCUAAACUCGAAGAUGCUAACGAGGCUGGAAAGGCAAACUCAUAUCUUUGUACGCUUAUCCUAACCGAGGGAGACUCAGCCAAGUCUUUGGCUGUUUCCGGUCUUGGUGUUAUCGGGCGCGAUUUGUAUGGAGUAUUUCCCCUUCGUGGUAAACUUUUGAAUGUGCGUGAGGCUUCAUUUAAACAACUAGCCGAAAAUGCUGAAAUCAAUAAUCUUGUAAAGAUUAUUGGUUUGCAGUACAAAAAGAAAUACACGACUAUGGAAGAUUUGAAAACUUUACGUUAUGGCAAAGUAAUGAUUAUGACAGAUCAGGAUCAGGAUGGUUCGCAUAUUAAGGGACUGCUUAUUAACUUUAUACACACAAAUUGGCCAGAACUUUUACGUCUACCUUUCCUUGAGGAAUUCAUAACACCAAUUGUGAAGGCAACAAAGAAAGAUCAAGUACUCUCGUUUUACUCAUUACCCGAAUUCGAAGAAUGGAAGAACGAUACGCCAAACCAUAAUACAUUCAACAUCAAAUACUACAAAGGUUUGGGUACCUCCACUUCAAAGGAGGCUAAAGAAUACUUCCAAGACAUGGAACGUCAUCGUAUUGUAUUCAAAUAUGAUGGCAGUGUGGAUGAUGAUGCCAUCGUUAUGGCUUUCUCUAAAAAGCAUGUCGAUGCACGUAAAGAAUGGUUAACAUCACACAUGGACGAAGUGAAACGCAGAAAAGUGCUUGGUCUACCCGAACGCUAUUUGUACACCAAAGGCACGAAACAUAUUACAUACUCUGAUUUUGUUAAUCUGGAAUUGGUACUUUUCUCCAAUGCUGACAAUGUACGUUCCAUACCCUGUUUGGUAGAUGGUUUUAAGCCCGGUCAGCGUAAAGUUAUGUUCACAUGUUUCAAACGUAACGACAAGCGCGAGGUCAAAGUCGCACAGUUGUCUGGUUCUGUUGCGGAAAUGUCUGCUUAUCAUCACGGCGAAAUGUCGCUACAAGCUACCAUUGUUAAUUUGGCACAAAACUAUGUCGGUUCAAAUAAUAUUAAUUUAUUGGAGCCUCGCGGUCAAUUCGGUACUCGUCUACAGGGUGGAAAGGAUUGUGCGAGCGCUCGUUAUAUUUUCACAUUAAUGUCACCGUUAACGAGACUCAUAUUCCAUCCAGCCGAUGAUCCGCUAUUAACAUACGAAGUCGAUGAUGGUCAGAGGAUAGAACCGCAAUGGUAUAUUCCAAUUAUACCAAUGGUUUUAGUGAACGGCGCUGAUGGCAUUGGCACCGGUUGGUCCACAAAGAUCUACAAUCACAACCCACGUGAUAUUAUACAGAAUAUAAGAAGAAUGUUGGCCAAAGAGGAACCAAUACCUAUGCAUCCAUGGUAUAAAAACUUCAGAGGCACCAUUGACUAUGUUUCUGAUGGUCGUUAUAUAUCUUCCGGCAACAUACAAAUUGUGCAAAAUAAUAAAAUCGAAAUUUCUGAACUACCAGUCGGUACAUGGACACAGGCAUAUAAGGAAAGUGUGCUCGAUGCCCUUUCAAAUGGUGAUAAGAUCAAAGCGAUAAUUUCUGACUAUCGCGAAUACCAUACUGACACUACAGUACGUUUUGUCGUUUCAUUUGCACCUGGUGAAUUUGAACGCUUGCAAGCUGAGGACGGUGGUUUCCAUCGUGUAUUCAAACUAACCUCUUCAAUGUCGACUAAUCAAAUGCACUGCUUUGAUCAAAACAACUGUCUACGUCGUUUCCCCACAUCAAUAGAUAUUAUGAAAGAAUACUUCCCCGUACGUCUUGAUUUUUAUGCCAAACGUAAAGAGUACAUGAUGGGACAACUAACAGCUCAAGCUGAUCGUUUGACCGAUCAGGCACGCUUUAUUAUGGAAAAGUGUGAUCGUACUAUUGUUGUUGAGAAUAAAAAACGCAAGACCAUGAUUGAUGAGCUCAUCAAGCGUGGUUAUAGACCCGAUCCAGUAAAGGAAUGGCAGCGUCGUAUACAAAUGGAGGAUGAAGAAGAAGCUGAUGAGGAGGAGGAGGAGGAAGCAGAAGAAGUUGCAACCAGCUCGACAGUGAAGAAGGAGAAAAAGCCAAUUGAUCCGGAGAAGGCAUUUAAAAAGUUGACAGAUGUUAAGAAAUUCGAUUAUCUGCUUGGUAUGUCCAUGUGGAUGCUUACUGAGGAAAAGAAGAAUGAAUUGUUGAAACAACGCGAUACAAAGUUAGCUGAGCUUGCUGCGCUUAAAGCUAAGACCAUUGAGACUUUGUGGUUGGACGAUUUAGAUGAUUUCGAAAAGAAGCUCAAUGAAAUCGAAGAACGCGAACGUCUCGAAGAGAUGGGCAUUAAUAAGAAACAGGCAAAGGCAUUAACCGCCAAGGCAAAGGCUCUAACUGGUACUUUGAAGAAACGUGCUGCUAAGGGUGGCAACGAGAACAUUUUCCCCGAUCCAAAUGGUGUCAAAGUUGAAUUCAAGGUUACCGACGAGAUAAUGAAGAAAAUUUCAACUGCUGUAGCAUUAGCUGCCAGGCCAAAAAUCAAAAAAGAAAAAGCCGAAAAGGCUGCAAAGGGCAUAAAGACUGAAGAGGGUGAUGAGUUUGAUGCGCUGACCGAGAGUGGCGCUAAAGGCCCGAAAGGAUCACCGGAGGCUUUGAAAAAGACAAAAGCUAAAGCGGCGGCUGCUGGUGGGGAUGGAGAAAAGAAGCCGAGAGGACGGAAACCCAAGGAUGAUGGUCUGAAACAAAGCAAGUUGAACUUUGGCAAGGGGCGCAAGAAGAAAGCCAAUACAUCGGAUGAAGACGAUGAUUUGGCAUCUGGCAGUGAUAUUGAGAUGCAUGUCGAGGUUGCACCACGUGCCGAUCGACCAGGCCGUAGAGCAACCGCUAAGAAAAUCAACUACUCUGGUUUGCUCGACAGUGAAGAGGAGAAGAGUAGUGAUGGUGAACUCGAGUUCAGAGAUAAUGAGGGUGUCAAAGAAGACUCCCAUCACGUGGCACAUAUGUCCGAUGCUGAAAAUGGCAGUGAUGCUGAGGAAGCUAACGGUAGUAAUGCCUUUAUCGUAAGCGACUCUGAGCCUACACCAAUUAAGAAAAAGCCAGCAUCGAAACGUCCGCGCAAAAAGGCAAUGACUAGCGAUAGCGAUAGUGACAAAAAGAAGAAGAAGAAGAGGAAUAUUUCAGACAGCGAAGAUGACGAUUCAGAUUUUGAAUGUUAAGCAUUUUCAAUCAAAAUUUCAAGAGAAAAUCCAGAAUUUGACUUGGUGUGCAAGCAAAGCCUGCCUCAAUAUACAUACAUACAUAUAUGAGACCAAAAGAGAGAGUUAGAACUAAGAACAUACAGGGGAAGAAGAAUUAUUAUCAAUAGCCAACUUAUAAUUCGAAACAUAUGUAUGGGUUCAUGUUGAAUCAAACGUCUUCAUUUCAUAUUUCCAUUCCCACCGUAUACCCUCAAGAGCACAUUCAUUCCAUCUUUACAUACAUAUAUACAUAUAUGAUUAGAUGAAAAAAUGAACAUUGCCAACACACAUAUUUAUCGAAAUUACCAAACUAUUUGCAAUGUAUGCGUUGGUUAUAUUAUUAUUACGUCACAAUUUCAUUCAUUGUUGAUUUCGUCUUUGCAGACACGAUAUGAAGUAUUUUAUUUUUUGAACAUAAAACAUUAUUCAUGUUGCGUCACACACAUGUCUUAGAGUUGACCAGCAUAGUACAUACACGUACAUACGUACAAAUGUCGGUUUUUAAUAUAACAAUUUUCUUAUAUAUAUAUAAAUAUUGGUUACUAUCAACUACUGUUCGUAUUUAAAUGUCAAUAUUUGAAUUCUUCAUUUCAAUAAUAAUUGCAUUCAAUGGCCAUUUGCAAAUUAUCAGUUUUUGUUCAUUUGAAUGUAGUAGUGCGAAGGCACAAAAACGGUUGGAAUUUUACUUUACGUCUUGACGUUUUUUAUGUUCUAAGUUUCUUGAACGUUGUUUAAAAAUGUAAAUAUAAAUGAUUCAACUUUUGAAUCCUUUCCAAGCUCGCGUGAAUGUUUUGCGUCGACAUACAAGUAGCAGGCACAUUUAAAAUAUUACUUAAGUACUAUUUUUUUUUAUUAUCGAAAAUAUGGGAACGAUUGGAUAAAAAAAAGUAACAUUAGAGAGGAAGGAAGCCAGUAUGUAUAAGUUGAAUUUUAUAUAAAUCCCUGUCUUUGCGUUAUCUUUUGCUAAUUGUAUAAUUAAAUAAUUGCGUAUUUGUAAUUCACAAAAGCUUUGUGUAAGAUUUCAAAAAUAUGAUGUAUUUUGAUUAAAAAAAUUCAUACACGUACAUAAAUAUUUCGCAAAAGUAUACCGAUAUUCAACACAAAUAAAUGUACGAACGCAGAGACAGAUUUUAUGAAGGAACGUUAAUCAUAAGUAUGUACCAAGUAAGGUUAUACUUAAAUACCAUUCUCUAUACUAUAAAUAUAAUACAUUUUAAUAAAUAAAAUAAAAGAGAAAA